GCACGCUGCAGAGCGGGGCCGGCAGCCCCCCUCGGGCAUCAGGGACGGGAGCGCGCAGGGAGCAGCCAUGGGGCCGCGGUGCGGGAGGAGGAUGCUGAGGGAGCUGCUCCCCCCUCUCCUCCUCCUGCUCCUGGCCUCGGCCUGGCUCUGGCAGCCCUCGGAGGGUCGGCGGCCGCCCCGGCCCCCCCCGUGCCCCCCCAGCUGCUCCUGCACCCAGGACACCGCGUUCUGUGUGGAUUCCAAAGCCGUGCCCAGGAACCUGCCCCCCGAGGUCAUCUCGCUGACCAUGGUGAACGCGGCGUUCACAGAGAUCCGGGAGGCAGCGUUCGCUCACAUCCCCUCGCUGCAGUUCCUCCUGCUCAACUCCAACAAGUUCACGCUGAUCGGGGACAAUGCCUUCGCUGGCCUCUCACACCUCCAGUACCUGUUCAUUGAGAACAAUGACAUCCAGGCUCUCUCAAAGGCCACGUUCCGUGGGCUCAAGUCCCUGACCCACCUGUCCUUGGCCAACAAUAACCUACAGACGCUGCCCCGGGACCUCUUCAAGCCACUGGACAUCCUGAGCGACCUGGACCUCCGUGGGAACACGCUGGCCUGCGACUGCCAGAUCAAGUGGCUGGUGGAGUGGCUGGAGAGCACCAACACCACAGUCCCCCCCGUGUUCUGCAGCAGCCCCGGGCACUUCGAGGGUCAGCGCAUCCAGGACCUGGUGCUCAGGGACUUCCAGUGCAUCACCACGGACUUUGUGGUGCACCAGGUCCUGCCCUUCCAGUCGGUGUCGGCAGAGCCCUUCACCUAUGCCAGUGACCUGUAUGUGGCCCUGGCGCAGCCUGGUGCCAGCAGCUGUGCCAUCCUCAAGUGGGACUAUGUGGAGCGCAAGCUGCGGGACUUUGACCACAUCCCGGCUCACUCCGCAGUGCACUGCAAGCCCAUCGUGGCGCAGGAGCAGCUCUACGUGGUGGUGGCUCAGCUCUUCGGCGGCUCCUACAUCUACCGCUGGGACACGAGCGUGGACAAGUUCAUCAAGAUCCAGGACAUCGACAGCCAGAAGAUCCGCAAGCCCAACGACAUCGAAGCCUUCCCGAUCGAGGGCGAGUGGUACUUUGUGAUCGCCGACAGCUCCAAAGCAGGCUCCACCAGCCUCUACCGCCUCAACCAGAACGGCUUCUACUCGCACCAGGCGCUGCACCCCUGGCACCGCGACACCGACGUGGAGUACGUGGACAACGACGGCAAACCGCGGCUCAUCAUCGCCAGCAGCUCCCAGGCGCCCGUCAUCUACCAGUGGAACCGGGCGCAGAAGCAGUUUGUGCCGCAGGGGGAGGUGGGUGAGAUGCUGGACGUGCAGAUGGUGAAGCACUUCAGGGUGAAGCGGGACCAGUUCCUCUGCCUCAGCCGCUACAUUGGUGACUCCAAGGUGGUGCGCUGGGAAGGGCAGCGCUUCGUGGAGCUGCAGACGCUGCCGUCCCGCGGCUCCAUGGUGAUGCAGCCCUUCUCCGUGGGGCCGCGCCAGUACCUGGCCCUGGGCAGUGACUUCUCCUUCACCCACGUUUACCUGUGGGAAGAGGAGAAGCAGAAGUUCGCCAAGUUCCAGGAGCUGCUGGUGCAGGCGCCCAGAGCCUUCCGCUCCGUGCUGGCUGCAGACGUGCAGCUGCUCCUGGCCCCCAGCUUCAAGGCCAAAACCCUGGUCUACCGGCACGUGGUGGUGGACCUCAGCCUCUAGACACGGCCUGAGCUGCCAGCGUGGCUCCUGCCCGGGCUCCAUGCACCCGACUGCCCCACGGUCACAACCCCCGUGUUCACCCCCCUCUGAUUGUCCCCAGCCCCACAGCCCCCAGUUCCCACCAGGAAUCCUGGGAUCCCUACAUGCAGCACCCACAGGCAUCCCAUGGGAUGUGGGCAGGAUAACGGGACACCCCUCACCCUGCAGGCCUAUGGGUGCCUGUCUGGGAUGACAGGGAUGGGGGAACCUGGAGUGAUGGGGUGGAUGGAGGCUGCAGCGGGGAGGUGUGGACGGAUGCUCCAGGAUACUGGGGUGCUCCCAUGUGGAUGGGGUGCUCAAGGUGGGUGGGAUGCCCAGAGGAGGAUGGGAUGCUCUGAGGCAGAUGGGAUGCUCCUUGGCAGUGCCACCACCCCCAGAACAGGGCUGACCCGCUCCCGUCCCCCUCCAUGCAUGUCCAGGCAGUCCCUGUGCCCACUGCCGGGCAGGACACAGUGUUCCAGCGGUUCACGAGCUGUACGUGCCCACAAUAAACCCGCUGUGAGCGCUGCCUGCG